CCCCGCGUCCCCCCGUGCGCCCCGCACCUCCCCGUGCGCCUCGCGCGCCCCGCACCUCCCCGCGCGCCCCGCGUCCCCCUCGCGCGCCCCGCACCUCCCCGUGCGCCGGGGACGCGUCGCCGCGGUGACGGCGGAGCCUCGGCCGGCGAGGUAAUUGUGGAAUUAAUGGAGCCAGAAGGACCCUCAGAAUCAGUGAGUUCAGAAAAAUCAGUAUUUUUUUCAUCUCAUGAAGACGAUAAUCAAGAAUCAGAAUCGGAAUCCGCAGGCACCGCGAACCCUCUCCUACAGCCUGCUCUCACAGGGGACGUCGAAGGUCUGCAGGAGAUCUUCGAGGAUCCUGAGAAUCCUCAUCAUGAACACGCCAUGCAGCUAGUCUUGCAAGAAGACAUUGUCGGGAGAAAUUUGUUGUAUGCGGCUUGCAUGGCUGGGCAAAGUGGCAUUAUUAGAGCCUUGGCAAAAUAUGGCGUGAAUCUGAACGAGAAAACUGCCAGAGGGUACACACUCUUGCACUGUGCUGCAGCCUGGGGCCGUUUGGAAACUUUGAAAGCCCUGGUGGAACUGGAUGUCGAUAUAGAAGCUUUGAACUUCCGCGAAGAAAAAGCUCGAGAUGUUGCAGCUCGGUAUUCCCAGACGGAGUGUGUUGAAUUCCUGGACUGGGCAGAUGCAAGGCUGGCUCUGAAAAAAUAUAUCGCAAAGGCCACUUUGGCUGUUACUGACACUGAAAAGGGACCAGGGAAGCUCUUUAAGGAAGAUAAGAACACCAUCCUCAACGCAUGCCGUGCAAAAAAUGAAUGGCUGGAAACGCACGCGGAUGCUUCUAUUAAUGAGCUCUUUGAGCAGAGACAACAAUUAGAAGAUAUUGUGACUCCUAUCCUCACAAAAAUGGCUACACCCCGUCAAGUGAAAAGUGCCAAAUCUGUAAUCUAAGCCUGGGUCAGAAGAAAAGUCAAGAUUAUACCUUCUAUUGAGCAUUUAUUUUGUACAAGGCCACAUUUUCUUUUAGUAUCUGUAAAAAUAAACCUUUUCAUGCCAGUAGAAAGCAAGACAAUAGAUGUGGGGUUUUAUAAAAAUGUACGGGUACAAAAUUCAAUUACCCCUGUUUUGUUUUCUCCUGUUCAACAUGCUUAUCCAGACUGUGGACUUGAUUCUCCUCUAAGCACAGCCCCCUGUGAGUUCCAUGUACUCCCAGAGGAAAGCAGUUCAGUAAAAAAGUCGCUCAUAAAGAUCUUUAUGGAGACUUUAAAACUACCUAGAGAAUCUAAUAAUUUUCUGUAUAAUUGAGGCAGGACAUUCCAUUCAACCAAUGAAGUUUAUUUUAAAAAGACACAUAUAUGUAGUUCUGGGGGAAAAAUUGCUCUCUCUCAAAAGGAAAUCUAUUCAAUUACAUUCUGGAGUAAGGGUAUAUUAAAUUUUGUUUGGCUCAGGAUCUUCUGGUUAUAACUACUACUUUUUAUGUCCAAAUUCACCUUUAAGGUGAGAUACAGUCUCUGAGUAAAACCCUUGUUUAUCUUUGACUUCUUUGUAACUUUAACAAGCACAAAUCUGUAUAGCUUUACAUUUAGAAGAUUUCCGCUAUUCUGUGGUUCUCACUACAUAUACAUAUAUAUAGAGAUAGAUAGAUAGAUAUCUGGACUCCAUACUUUCUUUGCUUCUGUCCCGUUUUAUCUUUCCCUGUUUUAAAAUGUCUUAGUUUAUUUCAUAUUGGUGAUUUGAAAAGCCCUUUUAUCAAGUUUAGUUCAUCAAAUCCCUGAACCUACUAUUGUGCUGUACUUUUUGGAAAAGUUUUAUAGAAAAGAAAAUAUUAGAUUUUAAAAUAUUAUUCCUUGUUCUUAUGACUUUCCCUUCUUUGUACUAGCCUGAAAGCUGGGCUGUCAUUAUAGGGAGGCAGAGAAAAGAAGCAAGCAAUGCAGUCAUUCCUUGUCAGUUGACAUUUUCUCCACUGUGGGUUUUGAUAUAACCCUGCCUCCCAGAUUUUUAAGUCUUGAAAUCUUUUUAAUGACUAGGAAUUCCGCUUCCAACUGUAUUAAAGCAAAGGAAUAGGGCAGUUAACUCUCCUCCCCUUCUUGGUGGAUCUGGUGGGUGUUUUUGGAGUAGUACCAAGAACAGCUGGGCUUGCCAUGCUGGAAUAGGGCAGUUAACUCUCCUCCCCUUCUUGGUGGAUCUGGUGGGAGUGUUUGGAGUAGUACCAAGAACAGCUGGGCUUGCCAUGCUCUUACUACAGUUCAUUAUGAGAAGUCCACUGCUCUUCACACUGCAAUGAUUUGGGAAGAGACCAGGUGCCAUUUGUUGUUCAUGAGUCUUGAUCUUGAGCACAUUACUUUACAGGUGUGUGUUCUUGUUGCUUAGGGAGUGAUUCCUAGAUUGUAUUUCAAAGAUUCCUAAAUAAGACCAAGGCAUUUUUGGAGACCUUUAGUACAAAAUAAACCUCCUUCUCGUUCUUUAUCUCUGAAUCUUUAUCCUGAAAUUUUGAAAGCCUUUGAUACAGUAAUAUACUAAUAGUAUAUUUUUAAAACUCCUUGUAUUGGCACACCUUUAUGCCAAUCCGGAUUCUUCUGCUUUUAUAUACACAGCUUCUCUCCUUCACCAGUUACUCUGCUUCCUCUUGCCCACAGCUGUGGGAACUUCUCAAAAUUCAGUCCUGACCCUUGGUGAAGCAAUCUUUAAUUCUCUACUCCAUGACCUUCCAUAUCUUCAAUAUUACAAAGAACUAAUCCUUCCUUCUUUGGGGCAUUCAUAGUGCUAAUAGUCUCAUAUUGCAUUUUAUUUAAUUGCUCACAUGUUGGUCAUUACAUAAUAAUUACGAGCAUUUUGUAGAUAGCAUUUUACUCUUCUAACUGUAUUCCAAGUGUCUGUAAGAUGUUAAGUUAGUAAAUUAUAGUUGAGUGAAUCUCUUUUAGUACUAUCAUAGUCAUAGAACUCAGUAACUUUUCAUUCACUUGCGGGACUCAUUCACCUUUAUAAAAAUGACUUCCAAAGCUUAUCUGCAUAUCUUGCUUGUGCCAGUGCACCCUUCAACUCCAGUUCUUCCAGCAGAACUGCUACACACACAGGCAACAUUAGGACUCCGUGUCUAGUUUCUCUUCUGACCUUCGUUUCCUAAGCCUUCAUACUGAAUGCCACGUUGACUUUUCAGGCAUGUGAACCUCACAAUUAUUAAGGCAUUCCUGGAUCUCACUUUAAAGAUCCCUUUGAUGUGAGGAUCCUUACAUUUAUUUAUAUCUAUGGAUCUAUAAUUUUAGGGUGUUUUGAGAGACAUGCUACUUCUUUUUACCUUUUGUUGCAUUGAAUUAUAGGUAUAUUCAGAGGAGAGUUAAGAGGUAGCUGCAUGACUUUUUCUGAACAUCCAAGAGUAGUUACUAUUUAAAAGUAUAUAGUUGGCCAGCGCUGCGGCUCCUUAGGCUAAUCCUCCACCUAGCGGUGCUGGCACACCGGGUUCUAGUCCCGGUCGGGGCACCGGAUUCUGUCCCGGUUGCCCCUCUUCCAGGCCAGCUCUCUGCUGUGGCCCAGGAAGGCAGUGGAGGAUGGCCCAAGUGCUUGGGCCCUGCACCCCAUGGGAGACCAGGAGAAGCACCUGGCUCCUGCCUUCGGAUCAGCGCGGUGCGCCGGCCGCAGCGCGCCAGCCGUGGUGCCAUUGGUGGGUGAACCGACAGCAAAAGGAAGACCUUCCUCUCUGUCUCUCUCUCUCACUAUCCACUCUGCCUGUCAAAAAUAAAUAAAUAAAUAAAAAUAAAAAAAUUUUAAAAAGUAUAUAGUAGUAGAUUAAGAAAGCCUCCACGGUAUUCAAUAUAUAGUCAAUCAAAACCUAGACUAUGUUAUGAUAACUUGUAGACAGUGGUUCCUUAGACUUUUGUAAUUAAUUGAUCAGAGAAGCAUAAAGAAAAGGGAGAUGAUUGAAUUGAUGUGCUAAGUAACUACUAUCAUUAUAGUUUAAUAAAAGACAUUUUAGGGAGAGACAUUGUGGUGAAGUGUGUUGAGACACCACUUGGAACUCCUGAAUCCCAUAUUAGAGUAUCAGUUUGAGUUCUGGGUACUCCACUUCUGAUCCAGCUUCCUGCUAGUGUACCUGGGAAGACAACAGAUGAUGGUUAAUGUACUUGAGUCUCUGCCACGCAUGUGGGAGACCUGGAUGGAGUUCCAGGCUCUGGCUUUGGUCUGCCCCAGCCCCAACUACUAUCAUGAUGUGAGGAGUAUACAGCAGACAGAAGAUUUCUCUGUUUCUCUGUCUCUGUCACUGUGCCUUUCAAAUAAAUGCAUAAAUAUACAAAUCUUUUAAAAAGAUGCUUUAGCAGCAGAAAUAAGGGGAGAUGUAAUCUCAAUGUAUGGCUGUAGUCUUUUAACUGAAAACAUUAAGCUUUAUUAUAGAAUUUUAUGUUAUUUUUUCUCAUUUUGCUAUGUAUAUUGGAACUUUAGUCUUGAAUUAGAAUUGGUCUAUCAACAAAGCUUUAAGAACUACUGCUCCAGAUUAAGCUAAAGCAGGAAAACUGCUAUUUAGGUUCACAUUAUGCCCCACAUUGUAAAGGACUGACUGUUAUCCCAGUGUUCAAUGUAAUUUUUAUCUCCCAUCCCACAUGCUUUCCUUACAAUGUGCUCAGGACUUGCCUCACACAGAGAGGUGGAUCUCUGUUUUUGCUUCUUGAAUCUAGAUGGACUUGUGUCUAUACUGCAAGUGAUUCCAUGUUAUUUCCAAAGUUAGAUCAUAAAAGAUGAUGCAACUUCUGUUUAGUCCUAUUGAGCUACCCACUCUCAGAAACCAGCCCAUGGAGAAACCCACAUGGAAAGAACUGAGGCCUUAGCCCAUAGCCCUAGCUGAGCUCCAGCCAGCAGUUACCCUCAACUUCCAUGCCAUAUAAGUAGACCAUCUUGGAAAUGGAUCUCUCCCAGUCAAGUCACCCAUCUGAUGCCACAUGGGGUGCAGGUAAGCCUUCUUUCCUGAGCUCUGUACAAUUGCAGAUGUGUAAGUAAAAUAAAGGAUUGUUACUGUUUUAAGCUA